AUGGAAAUUGAGGAAGAGGAUAGGACGAAAUUAUCUUCAUGGAUUCCUCUUGAUGUGACCAUAGAAAUAUUGUUAAGACUGCCAGGGAAAUACGUGGUGAGGUUUCGUUGCGUGUCGAAACUCUGGUCCUCCAUUACCACAACUCCACACUUCAUAAAGUCUUUCCCUAUAUUCACUCUCAAGAAAGAAGAGGAUAAGCGGGUUUUCUUCUCGCUCCCGCAUCACCAAGAUCCUCAAAGAUGUUUUACUCGUGUAGAAAGUUACGAGAUGAUACUUCCCAAACAAGAUCCCAAGUAUUCUUGGUUGCAAGCUCCCAACUUGGUCAAGGGUAAAGUCUUUAGCUCCAUCCGCGGCUUAAUAUGUUUUGGAGAUCGUGACCAAGUCGUCAUUUGGAAUCCUACAUUGAGACAACAUGUCGUUUUACCCGACUCUGAACUCUCGAGGCCUUUAAUAACUUUUCUUGGAUAUGAUCCAAUCGAAGAUAAAUACAAAGUGUUGUGUAUGUCAGGUAAUGAUGUAGCUCUUGCAACGAGAGAAAAGCCUCGGGUUAUUACAUUGGGAGCUCAAGAAUCAUGGAGAACAACCAAACAUUUCCCUCCUGGUCAUCCUCGGGGGAUAAACAGAUGUGUCUACGGAGGGAAAUGCAUGAAUGGGAUUCUUUAUUAG